CUGGCACUCGUCGUCUCUUGUACGUCUGGUCCUUCAUCACCCUCUUUUUUUUGCCUCGCCAGUGUCGUGGUGAUCUUUCUCCGAAUCCCUUCAGCCCUUCUGUGUCGGUGCGACGAAAGCGACAAUGGCGACUGCCUCUGAGGCCUCCAAAUCCAAGCCGGAGCGUUUGCCCGUGACCGUCUCCAAGCCCACGCCCUACACAUUCGAUCUCGGUCAUUUGCUUGCGAACGAUCCCAACCCGCUCGAGAUCUCCCGCUCGGAACCGUUGGACGCCUCUCUCAAGGCCACUGCCCGGGAUGGCACCCAGUCUCUCCUCAACCAGCUCCUGACCACCUGCCCGAUCAGCUCGUCCCAACAGGGUGUGCUCCUCACUCUUCCGCCCCCGACCACCGUGCUCCCGCGACACAAGCCCCUGCCCACGCCCAAGCCGCCGACCAAGUGGGAGCUGUUCGCCCGCAAGAAGGGUAUCGGCAAAUACAGCUCUAAGCCGGGUGCUGCUCUGGCCGACAAGGAACGCCGCCAGAAGCUGGUGUACGAUGAGGCGAAGGGCGAGUGGGUGCCUCGCUGGGGCUACAAGGGCAAGAACAAGUCGGACGAUGAGUGGCUGGUGGAAGUGAACGAGAAGGACUGGAAGAAGGAAGAGGAUGCGGCCGCCAAGGGCAGCUCGAUCCGUGGAAUAUCACGGUCCGAACGCAAGGAUCGGAUACGCCGCAACGAGAGAAAGAUGCGGUCCAAUGAGCGCAAGUCGAGGAAGUCCGGUGGUGGUUAAAGGGGGUGCCGGCACGCGUGUGUCCGAUGACGAUUUGACAAGCCGAGGCUGUAACAUGAUUGAGUCUUGCCUCGUUUUCGUUCUUUUCACUGGGGCUUAUCAAGGCGUUUGGUUCGGAGUCGCUGGUCUUGGAUGUCAACGUUGCCCGUUUGCACUAUUGUCUCUCGGGCUCGAAAAGCAGUAUUUUAUCAUAUUUUACGCCAUGUUUUUCUUUCCGGGGACCGCAACGCAUGGCUGAGGCUCGGCCUGACAUGUGCGCCUUGCCCACUUUGUCCUGUAGAUACGUCUUUGUGUAUAUGAAGCACCAAUAGAUCGCCUAGUCUUCUCAGGGUCAAAUGUUUCAAUUUAAUGCAUG